AUGAUACGUUGGUUUAGUGAUCAUCAGUAUACUAGGGAGGACAUUGAUGGCGACGAGAGUAAGGGAGUAGCAGGAUUAAGACAAUUGGUCAAGGACUAUGUCUACUCAUACACGUUUGAAGACCUUGAGGCGAAUAGGACGUUGUUAAUUAAUUCCUUACAGCCAGAAGAUCGUCAGUAUAUCGCGGACAACUGGCAGACGAAGGAGUCUCGAUUUGUCGUCGCCUAUACUAAGCAGUAUACUAACCUUGGAUGUCGAGCAAGUCAGACAGUUGAGUCUCAAAAUAGACUCAUUCAUCAGGUCACACACGGUCAUAUGAGUAUUGCAGCAUCUGCUGCAGGUAUUGCUGAUUGGAAUCGAGACUUCUAUAAUGAGAUGAUGGAAGAAGAGGAUAGAUCCUUGACAGAGAAGGCUGUCGGUGUCGACCGACGCGCAUUCCAACUUCUUACUGGCACAGUCAGCUUAUACGCAAUAUCCUUGAUUGAUCAGCAGUGGGUUAAGCUCAAAAGGCUUAUUGGUGAUGGUGAGGAUAUAGAAUCUAGGCCUUGUCGGUGUGUUAUGCGAGAGCAGUGGCUUCUACCCUGCUAUCAUGAUCUCUGGAAAGCGUAUGAUACAGGAAUACCUCUACCUAGGUCACUGGUUCACCCUAGAUAUUGGCUUGCUGGUCACGUACACAGAUCUCGAGAAUGGGCGCCAUCAUAUGAGUCAAUUACACCGCUCAUUAUCUCACCGAAGCGAGCUAGGGUAGAAAGUGCGCUUCAAAAACUAGUACAGCUACGCGAUGAGUUCGACGGAGAGGAAAGAGAUAAAUUCGAGCAGCAAUUACUUGCCCUGGCUGGUAGAGGUGAAGCAAUUGCUUCUAAUUGUAGGGCAAUUGGAGCUAUUCCAAUAUCUGCGCCGGAAGCACUACCUAAUCGACGAGCAAUUGGUCGACGAGAAGCUACAAGGACCGGACGACUACUUACCGCUUUAGAACAGCAAGAACGCGAUUCACAACGAGUACAACGAGAAGCAAAUGCCCAGUCUCGAGACGAUGUGAUACUAUCACAGCGACAGCCAAGCCAGGGCAGUACUAUCGUCGUGAAUGUCGAUCAGGGCGAUACGCAGCUUACGGUAAUAGUAUCAUCAUCAUCUGGGGCUAAUUCUGAGGCGUCGGAUGAAGAGACUACUGUAGCGCUGCCACAGUCUCAAACUGAAUCCCCAAUUCUACGACCACCAUCAUCUACAGCACCUCCAGCGGUUGCCGGUGAGAUCAGAAGCAAGCGACGACGAGCUCAAAGUGGUUUCUACGCCGCAUUGAUGGAUGACGAUUCGCAGGAGAUGAAGCGAAGGAGAUGA